UUAGACGGUAAAAGAGUAGUUUUGGGUGAAGAAGAAGAUAAUGAAAGUGAAGUAUGGUUAUUUUUUAAAAAAGUUGUGUGGGAAAAAAAACAAAAAACAGCAAAGUGUGAUAUACCAAAGUGCCCACAUAAACCAUUUUCUUGUGGAUCUGGGGGCUCAACCAACCCAUUAUGGCGACAUUUAGAAAGUUCACACUGGUCGCAGUAUGUUACAACAAAGGAAUAUCGUAGAAAAAAGAAGAAGGUGCAAAAUAAACAUAGUAAUAUUGAAGAAAUAUUUGAAAGACAUCCUAAGAACUCCACUGCUACAACUUUAACUGAUAUUAAUAAUGUAAAACUUCGUAACAUGUUCGCCACCUGGAUCAUCAAUCGUCAACGUCCAUUCUCUAUCAUUGAAGAUCCCGAGUUAGUUGAAAUUAUUCAGUAUUUAAAUCCUAAGGCACAAUUAGUCAAAGCUGAUGCAAUAAAGAAUAAAAUUAAGUCACUUUAUGAUUUGGGAAAAAGAGAAUUGAAGGCAAACGAAUGCUGGACCCUUAAAGAAACAUUAAUUGACUUCGGUUUGUUAAAUGGUAAACAUGAUGGAAUGAAUAUUUCGAAUGGAUUCUUUAAGGUGAUAAAAGAUUAUGGAAUUGCAUCAAAG